AUGCCUGACAAUGCCGGCAACACAUCUUGGGUUACUGAAGAUACAGAGUCUACGCAAUACGCAUUAAUCAUCAAAAACGAGAAACGCUAUGAUAAUCACAAAAGCCUCAAGAUUCACUCUGUCGUUGUUCAAAGUGAAACGCUGAAGACAUUCCUAGGCAAAGUGCUAGAAGGAUACCCUACUAUCACAACUACAUUGCAACGUCUUGAAUUCACUGCGCCAUUCAAACCGCUGGUUCAUCGGUGGGAUGAUCUCGUGAAGAUCCGCGAAGAAGAGGAGGAUGCAGUUACCAAGGAAUAUAUAGAUCUCUUCUAUACGAUCUUUGAGGUGGAGCUCCGGGAUAUUCUAUCCCGCAAGAACGAUAUGACUUCUAACGGAGUUAUUACUCAUGAGCUAUUGUGGACCAUUUUUGAGCCUAGUGGCUUAGUUAUCAGCACAUCUUAUGGCCGCACGAGCGGUUUCCUCUUUAAAGACACGAGCGUUGAUUAUCGAACAAAAGCUUGGGUCAUCGAGGCUAAGCGUAUUGCAUACGACGGUACAACAUUCGGAUUUGAAGAUCAAUCGUUCAUAGUUCCCUUCUUCAAUGGGACCAAGCUUAUCACAUCACUAGCUGUCUCACCAUUGAGAUACCACGCCGAUAAAGAUACUAUCCAGGCCAGUUUGCUAGCUAACGGCAAGAUCUGGGAAGAGCAUCAAGGCUUUCACCAUAAGCAAUACGAAGGUGUUGCCUAUGGCUUUCUAGACCACGGAAUAGAUGACGAUCUUAUCGAGUAUGAUCUUAUCGAGUACCACGUCAAAAGCCGAGUCAUCAUCGAUACAGAGGCUUUCAAAACCUUCCACGACAUCAAGAUAAUAUAUAUUGAUAAUACAAAUAUCGAUGAUAUUCUAACAGAUGAGCAGCGAAUCGUUUCUUCAGGGUUACUCUACGGUUAUUUCCUAGAAGAUAAGAAGUAA